AUGACUGCCAGGGAAGAGCUUUCAGUACUACAUGUUCAUGAGCAGGCAAGGUACCGAACCGGGGGGGACAGUGAACCGUUCUUUCAGGACAAAGUCUAGGGAAUAGGACAUGGUCCGCCACACAGCUCCCCCUUAACCACUAGCCAGCAUACACAGUAUGAUCCCAACAGAUCGGCUUAGGAAUGUCCAAGGAUCACUUUUCUAGUUCAGUUUGACGAGAUAACCUUUCAACAUUGCCGUCCUGGCUGGAGUGCCAGGCUCCAGUGUAAUAGUCUGGCAUUGCCCCCAGCCACCCGGUUGAGCCACACCAAUGGGUUGUGAUCCGUGAGCAGGGUGAAUUGUUGUCCAUAAAUGAAGGGUUGUAAUUUGUUUAGGGCCCACACCACCGCCAGGCAUUCUUUCUCAAUGGCAGCGUAGCUCAUCUCCCGGAGUAGUAACUUUCUGCUGAGGUAGGCUACCGGGUGUUCUCUGCCAUCGUCCCCGACCUGGCUUACCGCUGCUCUCAAAAAUAGAAGAGUCUGUGUGAAUAAGAAAGCAUUUAGUUGGGUUAGGAGUGGCCAGGACGGGUGCAUUCACUAAGGCUUUCUUAAGUUGUUGGAAAGCUUGCUUGCACUCCGGGAUCCAAAUCACUUGACAUGGCAGGUUUUUACAGAUUAAGUCUGUGAGGGGCUUUGCUAGGGCGCUAUAGUUUGGGACAAACUUCCAGUAGUAUCCAGCCGUCCCUAGAAAACCCAUCACUAGGGUCUUAGUACAGGGAGUGGGCCAGUUAGCUACAGCUUCUAUCUUUGCUGGUUCGAGUUUCUGUUUCCCGCAACACACCUCGUGGCGCAGGUAUUGGAGUUCUGCCAUUCUUAUGGGGCACUUAUUAGGCUUUAGCAUUCAUCCUGCCUUUCUGAUCCUAUGUAGCACAGCCCCUACAUGAACUAAAUGUUCAUCCCAGGUGUCACUGAUUACUGCAAUGUUAUCCAGGUAUACACAAGUGUAGUCCUGGAGGCCAUCUAAGGGCCGGUCCACCAUCCGUUGGGUGGCCGGUGCAUUCUUCAUUCCGAAUGGCAUGACCCUGAACUGGUACAGGCUGAACAGAGUGAUGAAUGCCGACUUCGGUAUAGCAUCUGAGGCUAAGUGAAUUUGCCAGUACCCCUUACAUAAGUCAAUAGUAGUGAGGUCUGGCCACGAGCCAUUCGGUCUAAUAGCUAGUCGAUAUGGGGCAUGGGUAGGCAUCUGAUACUGUUUUGUUGUUUUUGGCAUUAAGACUUCCGGAGAGGCUCACGGACUGUCAGAUGCCUCUAUAACACUAAGGUGGAGCAUUUAUUGCCUCAUACUUUCACAAAUGGACUAGGGAAAUCGGUAGGUUUGUUCGCACAGGGGCAGUUUUCGGGGGUUUCUACCUAAUGUGUAGCCAAGGUAGUGUAACCGGUUACAUUGGAGAAAGUGGCUCUUAUGGACUCUAGCAUCUGUUGGGCCUGGGUACGUUCUCCACUGCUUAACCGAUCCCCUAGUUGGACCUUGUCGAUGGACCCUGCCUGAACGCUAUGCUCCAGCAGGGGAAGUUUGUCAAAUUCUUCCAAGGCAGGAGUUCAUAUAGUCGCUAUAUCCUCCAUCCACUCAUAGUAAGGAUUCAGCAUGUUAACAUGUAACAUAGGUUGGGUUCCUUUAAUGAAAAUUACAUCUAUAUCAUUUUCAUUAAAGGAACACUAUAGUGUCAGGAAUACAAAUGUGUAUUCCUGACACUAAAUGUAAGACGCACCGUUUGGGUGACUGGCAUCCCUUGCCCGCUAGUGGUUGACCCCGCCCACGCUCCACCUCCAAUUUUGAUGAUCUCAGUCAAUAGAAAGCCUUCCCAUACAAAGGCAUUGGGAGGCUAAUGCAGGCAUGCUGCAAAAUGUUUCGCUAAUCAGCAUAUCCUCACCGAGAUGCGUUCAAACAAUGCAUCUCUAUGAGGAAUGUUCAGCACAUCCAUGCAGAGCGUGGAGACACUGAAUGGCAGUGCUGCUGCAUUGUCCAACACUGACCCAGGAAGCACCUCUGCACCUCUAGUAGCCGUCUGAGGUGUCUACAUGCAGCAAUGUAAAGACCGCCUUUUCACUGAACGUUAAAAGACCUGGAAGAACAUACUAUACACACCAGAACAACUACAUAAAGCUUUAGUUGUUUUGGUGACUCUAGUGCUCUUUUAAGAUAAUUAUAAAUAUAUUUUAGUGAAUAGCCCUCAAUGUGUUUUCUGAAUAACACAAUACACACACACACACAAUAAAUAUCAAAUGUUAAUUAUAAUUAAAACAACAAGCUAAUUUCAGAAACAAAUUCACUAGACAGUGAAUAUAGUUCACUGGUGUUCACAAUAUUCUAUAACUCAGCUAUAAUUUCAGUAUGGAUAUUUUAGGAUGUGUUUUGUAAAUAGCGAAGUUACUCACUAAAGUGAUUUCAAAAUGAAAUUCAAAUCUAAGGCCAGGGUAGCUGUUCUGAAAACAUAGCUGACUGAGAGAAUUGUUCCACUUUGGCUAUUUUGACCUUAAAUAUGAAAUCCACUUUCAGUUCACUUUCAAUUAUCACAUACAGGUGUGGUGACCACCAUUUGAAGUUCAAAUUAGAUUCACAUUUCCUGUGGUCACAUGGAUCAAUGCUUUAGAUACCCGCCCCCGUGCUUGAGGAUAUAAAAGUCUGAUUGAUUGUACUGCUGUUAUUGAUUGCAAAGAUGGGUUUGUGUAGGGAUGUGUGGAUUGUGGUAGUGGCUAUUUGGACAGUUUCCUUGGUUUGUAGCUCACAGGAUGUUUGGAGUGAUUCUCCCUCACAUUUACAAUGUGGACCUGCAGAUCUGCAGUUUUCACUCUCUUCAAUUGGUAAUGAUUCUGCUUUUGUGCUGAGAGCUCUAGGUGAGUACCUGUUCUUUAUUAAUAAUUUAAUCUGUUAACAUAUUUGGAGCGUUAUGAGAAGGGCUACAAAACUGGUUCAUGGAUUACAGGAUAAAAUUUAAAGAAACUUAACAUGUAUAGCUUGGAGGAAAGAUGAGACGGGGGGAUAUGAUAGAAACAUUUUAAAUACAUAACUAUAUUUGAAAGAGAAACUACCACAAGAGGACAUUAGUCUCAAAUUAGAGGGGCAAAUGUCUAAAAAUAUCAGGAAGUAUUACUUUACUGAGAGGGUAGUGGAAGCAUGGAAUAGCCCUCCAGCUGAAGGGGUAGAGGUUGAUACAGUAAAGGAAUUUAGGCAAGCUUCAUGUAAGCAUCAGGUUAUUCUAUCUAUAUGAUAAGGCCAGGGACUAAUGAAAGUAUUUAGAAAAUUGGGCAGACUAGAUGGGCUGAAUGGCUGGUUCUUAUCUGCUGUCACAUUGUUUUAUGGGAACUCAAGUCAGGAUCACCUAAAUGAGUCUUUAUUUGCAAAGCUAUCACUAUUAUGGCAGUCUUACAAUUUUUUUAUUUUUUUUUUUGUCCAUCAGACUGUAUAGCAUUAAAUCUAAACUGCAAAAAUACUUUGCAUAAUGUCAUUAGUCACAGCAUGUCUAACUUGCUGUUUAGUAGAUGCUCUUAAAGAUGCAAGGUCCUUGUUCAUGUGGGGCUUAACUUAAAGGAAUACUAGAGUGAUAGGAGUAAACAUUUAUUCCUGUUUACUCCCCUUUAUUCCAAAGCUGUAUAGGUCUGUUAUGGCUUGCUCAACCCGGUUGGCUGAGAUAAUCUUUAUCUCAGCAAAUCCAAUGCUUUGGCCUUGGAAGGCGAUUGUGCAUUCAUGGCAAACUGCUCACUGCGCUAAUCAGAAUCUCCUCAGAGAAGCAUCGAUUCAAUGCAUCUCUGAGGAAUAUUUGACAUAUCGAUGAUGAAUGAUAGUGGCCUAGGAAGCCCCCUCUAGUGGCAGUCUGUUUGAGUGGGCAUGUAAAGACUGCAUUUUCUCUGAAGACAGUGGUUUACAUUAAACUGCCUGCAGGGGCUAACUAUAUAAAUAAACUAGAACUAAGUUAAGCUGUAGUUCUGGUGACUAGUAUCACUUAAAAUGAUUACUCUUGUCAUAAAAUAGACAUGGAAGUCUUUUGAAGUGACUCUAUAGACCAUAUAGCAAGUUGUGCUACUUGCUACUAUAAAUUAAAAGCUAUAUUGGCAUUUAAAACACUCCAGAUGCCCAAAGUGGCAUGCUAAAGCUUUUUAGUAUUAACAUUUCAAUAAAUAGGGCUCAAUGUGUCAGUUAAUCUUGCAUGGUCAUAACUUAAGAUGCAAGGAACACUGCAAGCACCAUGACUACUGUGUUUUAGUGGCUAUUGUCCCGUCACUUAGCCAUCUGACCAUGUAAGUAGCAAAACAACUUUGACAACUGCCCACUGUAGUGCUCGGUGUUACUCUUGAUUAACCCCUUAAGGACACAACUUCUGGAAUAAAAGGGAAUCAUGAAAUAUUUCUGUCAUGUGUCCUUAAGGGAUUAAAUCAUUUAGACUCGCUUUUUGUACUGAUCAGGUGAUGUGUAGUAUGUUUUAUCUCUUUGAAUGAAAAUCUACAGAAACAAUACACUUUCUUGUACUUGGCCCCUAUACCAAGAGUGCAACUUAUCCCUGUACUGGAUAUGUAAGUAAGCUGUGGUUUGGUCUUCUGGUCUACAAGGCACUUAACUCAAAACCUCUCUUACAGACCACAAAGGCAAGGCUCGCAUUCUCCGCAAUAACUCUGCCUGUGGGGUUUGGAUUGUACACAAAUCAGAUAAAACUGUUCUGGUUGGAGCAGCUUACAAUGGGUGCUAUGUAAGCGAAAAGGUAGGUUCUGCAUGAAUAAGGUAAUCGUGUAAUGUGCAUAUUUACAGAAGUGGCUACCAGACUGGUCUGUUCAUGGAGGCUCUUGGUAAAGUUUACUCUACACUGUGGUUUUUUUUUUUUUUUUUUUGUAACUGAACUCCACUGAAUGCAUUUCAUGCAGGCAAACCAAGCUGAAAAGUUAAAAUAUUAACAGGCAAACUUACAGAAGCUGGAAUGUGAGAAUUAACUAAUAUACAAUCAUUCUAGUUACUACUCUUGUACAAUCUGUUUGCAGGAUGGAGAACGUGUGAUGACUGUAAUUCUGGAAGAAGGAAAAACUCAAAAGCACAAAAAAGAUCUGAAGUGUUCAGUCAUGCCAGGUAGUCUUGAAUGGCCCUAAGGUGUCCUGUGGUACACUAGGUUACUGUGAGGUCCUGUUUGACACUUCAUGCAAAACAAUCUGAUGUUGAAGACCUAGCGACAUUAUCAUAGUUGCAUGUUAUGGCACUUCUUUGGGGUGAAGCUCACAACUCCCAGUGUUGUAAGUUAGUGGAGCACUACAUGAGUUUUGGAUACUUGUCAAAAGUGGAUUAGUACUAGCACUUUCAUGACAUGCCAGUCAUCUGUGGUAGUCUUAUUAAAUCUAACCCUUUUAAUGAUCAGAAUGGAAGCUGGCUAGUUGACAUGACAAUCUAUCAAUACAAUAAGGCAGGGGAAGGCAACCUUUGGCACUCCAUAUUUUGUGGACCACUUGGCUCUAAGACUUCUGUGAAGCUGUAGUCUGCGUCUUAUCACUUGGUCUGAACAAAACACAUUAUCCAUUACAUGUGUGAAUUUUUUGCAACCUUUGUUAGUCUUUUUUGAUUUAUCUGUAUCAUAGCUAUGGAUGCUCCUGCACCCAGCAUGUGUGCUGCUGUGGCAAGACAAGAUCGGCUGUCCUGUGCUCAACAAAGUGUGUCAAGGGAUGUCUGUGAAGGCCUCGGCUGCUGUUUUACUCCUGGUGAUUCUGCAGUGCCCUGUUACUUUGGAAAACCAUGUGAGUAAUUAUCAGUCAAUCUAGAACGCCUGGCUAGCUGCAUGUCUACAGCCUACAGUUUUGGCUUUUUCCUUUACUGUAUAUGAAGUGGUCUUCUGUGAUUGCUAAAUGAAUUCUGACCAAAUCUAAAUAUAAUUUUUACGUUCUGAAUUAAUCCUGCUAGUAGCUAACUAAUGCAUACUUCAGCUAAUUAACCACUUGUGAACCUGAGCAGUCCUGUCAAUUGCCAGAACAAGUGAUUUGUGACAGUGUUCAUGCAUAUACUGAGUUCUAAGCAGAGCUGUGCUUAAAGGGACACUAUAGUCACCAGAACUACAGCUUAUUGACUUUGUUCUGGUGAGUAGAAUCAUUACCUUCAAGCUUUUUGCUGUAAACACUCUUUUCAGAGAAAAUGCAGUGUUUACACUGCAGCCUAGUGUUAACUUUACUGGCCACUCCUUAGAUGGCUGUUAGAGAUCCUUCCUGGGUCAUGGCUGCCUAAAAUGCAUCAACAUUCAGUAUCUCCUCCCUCUGCAUGCAGACACUGAACAUUCCUCAUAGAUUCAUUGAUUCAAUUAAUCUCUAUGGUGAAAUGCUGAUUGGCCAGGGCUGUGUCUGAAUCAUGCUGAAUCUGCCUCUCUGACAGUCUCAGCAAAUCCUAUGGGGAAGCACUCUGGAUCAGGCCACCACUUCUGAUGUGUGCAGUCUAAAAGCUUAAGCAUAAGUUUUUUUUUUUUUUUUUUUUUUUACUAUAUUUUAUGGUGGCAUGAGGGGCCUGGGUGGCUAGAUGGUGGGUUUAACACUAUAGGGUCAGGAAUGCAUGAUGGGGUUCCUGACCCUAUAGUGAGCCUUUAAAUGAUUCAGAUCAGGACCUGCCUUCCCUGGAGAAAAGGUGGGCAACAUUCAUGCAUCCUCCACAAACAUAUAUGUAGGUGCAUGUAUGCAAUGAAAUAAUUAUACUUGCGUUUAGCACAAUGUCACUAUAACAAAAGCUAGGCAGUGGCUAGCAAUGUGUAGCUGGGCUAUAACAUGUUGUGGCUCUUUUAAAUACCAAUACUUCACUUUUUUACAGUGACUGCUCAAUGCACAGCUGACAGCAGUAUUACGGUAGCAAUUUACACUGAGCUGACCAUGCCAUCACUUAUCUUGGAUUCGGUUCAUGUUCUCAAUGUGAAUCCAACAUCUUGCCCUGGAUUGCAGAUAAUGAAGAGCAAUGCAUUCAUAGCUUUCAGCUUUCCACUGUCUUGUGGGUCUAUGAAUCAGGUAAGACUAUGUGAUGUAGUAUCUGUUCUCCAACCUUCCUUCUGUUCACCUGGUGCAAUGUACUAGUUUCUCAAAACAAAGGGUAGGUAUCUUUCAGUUCUCAAACAUUAAUCCAACUUUCCUGGAUAGAUAUUUGCUACAAAACAUUUUACUUUUAUUCAGCUUCCAACAGUGAGCUAAUGACUCGCUAAAUGUAAUUCCUUCAAAAAAUGAGGCAUUAAAUAUUUUUUUAUAUUUUUUUUUUUUAAUUGGCCUGAUAGUUUGCCUUGACAGGUAAUCCAACCUCUCGUCAGAAAUUGGCCACUUGUGUAGUGGGGUAUUCUCUUUACCUUUCUAUAUAUAGUACAAUGUAUCGGAAUUGUAGUCUAGCAACUAGUAGAAACCCAAAUUGAGACAAUGGGAGGAGAUUAAACAGACCUUUAUAAACUCACUUUAUCAAUAUUCAUAACUUCUAACAGGUCUGCUAAUAACUGGAUUCCUCAAAUUGGUUGCUUACACAUUUUGGUGUGCAAGAUAAAAUGCUAACAUCUAUCCUCUCAGGUACUUGGGAGCACAAUUCAAUAUGAGAACACAAUUGAGGCAACACGAGACAUAAGGACCUGGGGUGCAGCUUCUAUCACAAGGGACAGUACUAUGAGGUAUGGCAUGUCUUGAAAUAUGUUUGGCUAGAGCAGCUUGUUCUACCAGACUAUAGCAUUGUGGAUAUUUUCAGAACCAGAUUAAUGUAGGAGUACAACACUCUCCUUCCUUGUGUCCUGCUUCUAUUCAGGGUCACUGUGCGCUGCACUUAUUCCAGAACAGGUGUUGCACCAUUGCAAGUUCAGGUAUUCACUCUUCCACCACCACUUCCAGUCUCCACUACUGGACCCCUUCUCCUGGAAAUGAGGAUCGCCCGAGGUAUGAAAGCUAAAUCUAUUAUCACAUGCAUUUAGAGAUCAAUGGUGGUAAGAUUAACCAUGUUCUUUUGUAGACCAACAGUAUUCUUCAUACUAUGUUGAUGGUGACUACCCUGUAACGAGAGUGCUCCGAGAUCCAGUCUACUUGGAAGUCCGCAUUCUUCAAAGGACUGAUCCUAAUCUGGUUCUGAUCUUGAAUGACUGCUGGGCUAAUCCCUCUCCUGAUGAGACACAACAGCCUCAGUGGCCCAUCUUGGUGAAAAGGUAGAGGUGUUCCUCUGGGUGGUAUGAUGCUUGAACUGAAUUGCAUUUCCUGGCUUAAUUGUUAAAUGUGUUUCCAGCUGCCCUUUUCCUGGAGACAACUACAUCACACAGCUUAUUCCUCUUGGAGCUUCAUCUCAGGCCAUUCCAUUCCCAACCCAUUACAACCACUUUUCAAUCAGUACCUUUACAUUUGUGGAUGGAAGAACCCAGCUUGCACUUAAAGGAAUGGUAAACAUUUUUCUAAUCCUCCCCACCCCCCCUGUAUUCUAAGUGUAAACAGACUUGCUCAUAGGCUAAACUCCUAACUUUGUCAUUGUACAACACAGGUGUACAUCCACUGCAGUGCUUCAGUAUGUGUCCCAUCCACAUCUAGUUCCUGCAUGCCUUCUUGUUUGCUCAGAAAAAGUAAGUAUUUGCUGCACUUAUACUUGAUGUCAAAUUGUAGGCAAACUGCAAAACUCUUGGUUUAGGAGCCUCCAUAUCUAUUAUUGGGCAGCGAUACCCUACAAAUAGAUGUAGAGCAUCCCAUUAAAAUAACUUAAUAUUUGGAGAACUCUGGCUAAACUAGCCAGUCUGACCUCAAAGUGGCAGUCAUUUCACUGCUUAUGGCUGUCUACACUUUUAUUUUUUUGCAGAGCGGACAAUUGAGAAGUUUAAUUCAGGAGAAGCUAUGAAGAUCAUCACAUCUGGACCAGUAAACUUUAUUGCUACCAAAACAGAAGCCACCAUUAAAAUGGAAGGUAGGGUGGUAUUCUUAAUUCAAAUGAUUAGAAGUCUGUCAAAUGGGGCAAACUGUCUACUACCUUUGUUGAAAUGGUCUGAGCAUACCAAUUGAAUGAUUUGAUGUGUUUUGAUUUAUAGGGAACCUUGUAUCAGACGACUCUGCUCUAAGCUUUGCCACAGGAACAGCAGCUGCAGGAGCACUUCUGGCUGGAAUCUUCUUCAUUGGCCUCUGGAUACAUCAGAAAAAACAUGCCCCAAAGACCUAUACUGUAAAAGCUUAA